UCUCCAUGAUUGAAGAAAAAGUCUUUCGAAGAAGCUUUGAGGUCACCGUUUUAAUUUUCUUCUUUGUGACAAUUAUUAGAUGUGGCAGAGAAAAAGAUAGUGUUGUAUGCAUAGCUGGCGAAGCGUUAGACAAGGAGGCAAAUUCAUGUAAACCAUGUCCUCCUGGAUACUUUGGAUUCAAUUGUAACGAGUCCUGUCCUCAAGGAAAUUACGGAAAUGGAUGUCAGUCACUCUGUCCACAAGCAUGCAGAAAUACAUGUGAUUUCAUAACAGGAAAAUGCUUGCAACCAGGAAAUGGACAUGAGAAAAAACUUGAUCACC